AUGUUGUUCCUGAGGAAGAAAUGCGACGAAGCCCGUCCCCAGUGCGCGCGCUGCCAGAAGCACGGCUGGGAGUGUCGAUACGAGCCCAUCAAACCUCGGCAAAGGCGCAAGCGUGGAUCCAGCGCAACCCUCCCGCUCGACGCCAACUCCCCGUCCUCCGGCUCAGACAGAACCCUUCAGUCACCUGAUGCUACCGUUCUCAUUCCGCAAUGGAAGCAAGAGAGACGAGGAAGCGAUGCACCAUUUGAUGCGGCACCGAUCAUUACGGAGCAGAACCCUCUCUCGGGAAAGCAGAUGAGCAGCCCGAUAAGUAGCCUCUUGUCCUUGAGCCCGACUGAUCUCCCCAUCGUAUCCCGGAUUGACUCGAUCGGCUUCAAAUUCACGAGCCUUGACGAGACCAUUGUCUCCAACCAAGACGAUGAUGCCGAGGAAAGUGCUUGGCAAGACUCACUGGCUUUGGCGAAUACAACCCUUCAAAGCCCUCGAACCCCAUCGCUAUCCCUCAUUGCGACUGUCUCGGUUCCCUCUCCACGAUUCGAGUUCUGCUCGCCGGCAUUUACCGAGUUCUCAGAGCGCACCAACAGACGCGCUCUGGUCGACCACUUUUGCAACGUGCUCUCCCAUCUCAUCGUUUUUCAGGAGGAGUGCGGCAACCCGUUUCAGCAGCUGAUCCUCCCCUUAUGCCACAACAGCCAAGCAGUUAUCAACGCAGUGUAUGCCCUAGCCAGCGCGCACUUGGAGAAUAGGGGCGUUGAGAAUGAAGAGAAGAGUGUCUACUUCCAUAAUGAGUCUAUUCAAGGGCUGGCGAAUUUGAUUGAGAAGGGAGAGAAUACCAAUCCCAACGAACUCCUGGCUGCAGUUAUGCUGCUAGUCUACUACGACGUGUUAGUUCAGAAAAACCGUUCGAAUAUCGUGGAUAGCCACCUCAAAGGCGCCAUAUCAAUCAUGGGCAACAAUCAAGCUACCGCCAACCCAACCAGAAUCUUCUUGGAGCGGAUAUUUCAAUACUUCGACGUGAUUACAGCACUUUCAUUAGGUACAGCACCCCUAUCCACCGCUCCUAGGGCUAGAUACCUUAGCCCGCCCCCUCCUCUGGGCUCGCGCGGAGCUUUGUCUCCUCUCGGAAGCGUCGACACCCUUCUUGGCAUGGCUGUCUCCCUCUGGCCCAUCAUCCACCGUCUCCUCUACCUUCACGCCCUCAAGGACCAGCUCGACGUCGCUGUCAGAUAUGCAGAGCUCUCCACCGUGUCCGUUUUGCGGACUGAGUUCGAGACUACCGCCUCGGCUAUCGAAACUGCCCUGAAGGAGUGGCACCCUAUUUUGCCACCUGACACUACAUCUACACAGGGUCCCCAGGAUCUAUCUGCGGACAAGGCGGCGGAGAGGGCUCACCUCCAGAGCAUCCUCAACAACGCAUUGGCCUAUUACCACUCGGCUUUCGUGUGGCUGUAUCGAGAAAUCCACCGCUACUCUCGUGAGCACCCACUGGUCCAAGGCCAUACGCACGUUAGCUUGACCCAUUGCGUGGGAGUAGUGAGCAAUACCGGUCCCAUGGGGGCGCUCCUAUGGCCACUGUUCGUUGCGGCAUGUGAGGCGACAAGCCUGGAAGACCGAGAGCUCGCCCGACAAGCAUUUGUUACGAUCGACCGCCGACAAGGCAUGCUGAAUAUCAAAAGGGCAUGGCGUAUCGUUCAAGAGGUUUGGAGACGCGCGGACAAGGCUGAGAUGAUGCAACAUGAAGAAGGGGCGAUGAUGAUGACAUGGGUGAGAGGGGGCGGCCAUCUCUGGAGGAGGGUGAGUGACGAUAUGGGCAUGACAAUCGUUUUUGGUUAA